CCGCCGCCGCUGCCGCCGUCAGGGCCGGGCUCGCGCGCGCCGCGACACAUAGGUGGCCGGCGGGGGGCGGCCCCGGCCUUCGCCGGCGCUGCGUCUCGGAGGAGGGGCGGGGACGCGGGGCGGCGGGCGUGGUCCGCCGCGCGCGGCCCCGAGUGGAAGGAGGAGGGGCUCCGCGGGCGACGGUGCGGGAGCGGCUGCUGGCGCCGUGGCCGGAGUUGCGUCCCGGCCGAGGAGGAGGCGGGCGAGAGGCCGGCUCGGCUGCCCGGAUCCUCCGGACUUUAACCCAGACGGCGCGGCAGCGGCCUCUGCCCGGUGGAAGGCUGCCAGGCCCCGCGGGGGAAGAUGUUCAGUGUGGAGUCGGUGGAGCGGGUGGAGCUGUGCGAGAGCCUGCUCACUUGGAUCCGGACAUUUAAUGUGGAUGCACCAUGCCAGACCGUGGAAGAUUUAACAAAUGGGGUUGUGAUGGCCCAGGUUCUUCAAAAGAUAGAUCCUGCAUAUUUUGAUGAAAAUUGGCUAAACAGAAUCAAAACUGAAGUAGGAGAUAAUUGGAGACUAAAGAUAAGCAAUUUAAAGAAAAUUUUAAAAGGAAUUCUGGAUUACAAUCAUGAGAUUUUAGGACAGCAAAUUAAUGACUUUACCCUCCCUGAUGUGAACCUUAUUGGGGAGCAUUCUGAUGCAGCAGAGCUCGGGAGGAUGCUUCAACUCAUUUUAGGCUGUGCUGUGAACUGUGAACAGAAGCAAGAGUACAUCCAAGCCAUUAUGAUGAUGGAGGAAUCUGUUCAGCAUGUUGUCAUGACAGCCAUUCAAGAGCUAAUGAGUAAAGAAUCUCCUGUCUCUGCUGGAAAUGAUGCCUAUGUUGACCUUGAUCGCCAGUUGAAGAAAACAACAGAAGAACUAAAUGAAGCUUUGUCAGCAAAGGAAGAAAUUGCUCAAAGAUGCCAUGAACUGGAUAUGCAGGUUGCAGCAUUGCAAGAGGAGAAAAGUAGUUUGUUAGCAGAGAAUCAGAUAUUAAUGGAAAGACUCAAUCAAUCUGAUUCUAUAGAAGAUCCUAACAGUCCAGCAGGAAGAAGACACUUGCAACUCCAAACUCAAUUAGAACAGCUCCAAGAAGAAACAUUCAGACUAGAAGCAGCCAAAGACGAUUAUCGAAUACGCUGUGAAGAGCUAGAAAAGGAGACCUCUGAACUUCGGCAGCAGAAUGACGAGCUGACCACCCUGGCAGAUGACGCUCAGUCGCUGAAAGAUGAGAUGGACGUGCUUAGACAUUCUUCUGAUAAAGUGUCUAAACUAGAAGGUCAAGUGGAAUCUUAUAAAAAGAAGCUAGAAGAUCUUGGUGAUUUGAGGCGGCAGGUUAAACUCUUAGAAGAGAAGAAUACUAUGUAUAUGCAGAACACUGUCAGUCUAGAGGAAGAGUUAAGAAAGGCCAAUGCAGCUCGAAGUCAACUUGAGACAUAUAAGAGACAGGUAGUAGAACUGCAAAAUAGAUUAUCUGAAGAAGCAAAGAAAGCAGAUAAAUUAGAUUUUGAAUAUAAGCGACUAAAAGAAAAAGUUGACAGUCUUCAAAAAGAAAAGGAUAGGUUGAGAGCAGAAAGGGAUUCUCUGAAGGAAACCAUUGAAGAGCUUCGCUGUGUACAGGCUCAGGAAGGGCAGCUCACUACUCCAGGGCUAAUGCCUCUGGGAAGUCAGGAACCUUCAGACAGUCUGGCAGCAGAGAUUGUUACACCUGAAAUCAGGGAGAAACUUAUUCGUCUUCAGCAUGAGAAUAAGAUGUUAAAACUUAACCAAGAGGGUUCAGACAAUGAAAAAAUUGCCUUAUUGCAGAGCCUUCUGGAUGAUGCAAAUCUGCGCAAGAAUGAACUGGAAACAGAGAACAGGCUGGUGAAUCAGAGACUUCUGGAAGUACAGUCACAAGUUGAAGAAUUACAGAAAUCUUUACAGGAUCAAGGGUCAAAAGCAGAAGAUUCGGUUCUUCUAAAAAAGAAGCUUGAAGAACAUCUAGAGAAGCUGCAUGAAGCCAAUAACGAAUUGCAGAAGAAGAGGGCCAUUAUUGAAGAUCUUGAGCCCAGAUUUAACAACAGCUCCUUAAAAAUUGAAGAAUUACAAGAAACUUUACGGAAGAAAGAAGAGGAAAUGAAACAAAUGGAAGAACGAUAUAAAAAAUACUUAGAGAAAGCCAAAAGUGUUAUCCGUACUUUAGAUCCUAAACAGAAUCAAGGAGCAGCACCAGAAAUACAAGCUCUUAAAAAUCAACUACAGGAGCGGGAGCGACUGUUCCACUCAUUAGAGAAAGAAUAUGAGAAAACAAAGAGCCAAAGAGAGAUGGAGGAGAAAUAUAUUGUUAGUGCCUGGUACAAUAUGGGAAUGACUCUGCAUAAAAAGGCAGCUGAAGACAGACUGGCUAGCACAGGGUCAGGGCAGUCAUUUCUGGCUAGGCAAAGACAAGCAACCAGCACAAGAAGAUCUUAUCCGGGCCAUGUUCAACCAGCCACAGCAAGGCAGGUCACCUAGAAGAGAGCAACACUGGAAUACAGAAGACUAGACUGACCUUUGAGGGAGAGAGCUGCGUUUUUUCUUCCCAAAGUAAAAAAUUAAAAAUUAAACCAACAGACACAUGAGGACAAAAUACAUUGUUUUGAAUAUCUUCCACUAAUUGUUGAAUGGUUAAGUCUCUUUCUAAAUGUCUUGUUAAUCUAGAUGAGAGUAGAUUAUAGAUCAGUUCAGUAACCAUUAGUCACAUGUGGCAAUUUAAGUUAAAAUUAAUUAAAAUUACAUCUUCAGUUCCUCAGUUACCUAGCCACACUUCAGGUGCUCAGUAGUCACGUGUAAACAGUGGUUACUGUUAUUAUAACAGUGGUUACUGUUGGAGGCAUAGAUGUAGAACAUUUCCAUCAUAAAAUGCUAUUUUACAGCAUUCGUAAUGCCUGAAGAGAAAGACAAAGGCAGUCAAUUAACUUAAGACAACUCUUAGAUUUUACUACUGGAGUUAAAGCUUGUUUCUUAUAAAAAUUAAUACUAACCCUUUUUAAAGACCUUGGAAAAAUCAAAACCCCAUUCUGUUAAGCUAGUUUUCAAUAUAUUCUUUUUUACAAAUAGAUUAUUAGCCCCUUAUUUUUUAAGUGAUAUAAUUAAAUCAUUUCAUAAAUCAUUACUUAGUAUCUUCAGAUUUUCCUUUCUUAUGUACUCUUAAAAUUAAUAAUAUAUAGUUAUCUAAUUUAUCAAGCAGAAAAUAUGAAUGCUUAAUUUAUUUUCAAAUAAAAAUAAACAUCAUAUCCUUCCUCUUCCAUUGUGUUUAAAUCAGUACCACACUCUAACCAACUGAGCUAACUGGCCAGCCCUGCUUUUAAAUCUUUGUCGGUGUAGUGAAAGUUGCCAGCAGUUUUUUUUUCCUGUGCCUUAAACAUUUCUUCCUAGAGUCACAUUUGUCUUCCACCUGAAAGGUACAUCAGGAUCCAAAUAAUUUCUUUGUUUUUCUUCAUAGCUUCCUGCUGUUACUAACACAGCUUGUGAAUCAAAUUAAGUUUUAUGUAUAGAGCAAACAUUUACUAUUACAGUGACUUAGCCAAUGAAAACAUUUUUUAAUAUUUAUUAAUUUAAUUUGGCCUGUUACUAAAGUGCUUAACAUAACUAAAGGGAUCUCUACUGUCACAUCUUUGAAUUGUUUGAUGAGAAUAAGGGACUAAUCAUAAUUUUUAGUCAGGUUGGCGCUUAGUUAAAACUGUCUUGUUAGGAAGUCUUGAUGCUUUCCUCUUUUUAAAUUUUUGUAAUCAAGCAACAGACUUGAUCCAGUAGUGUCAAAUUCUAAGCAAGUUAUGAUGAAAUUUUUAUUGUAGUUCAAGUACAGAUGAGUAAGUAGUGUGAUUUGAGUUUUGUUUAUUAUUUUCUUGGUGGUCUAAUGUGUUCUACAGAGACUCAUAUUAGUUAAGGGAAAUUUUCAAUGUGCAUGAAAUAAAAAUAGCUUUUUAUUAAAAAUAUGACUGUACACAAAUGCCAAUCAAUGAUUUGGGGCCUUUUAAUUUUUUUAAUAGCCUUAGUCAUAAUUUAAAUGCACUAAAAUAUCAUCAUGGUCACUAACUUUGCUGUUUACAGGUUCUGUAUAUUCAGAAUGCUUUGUACUUAGAAAAUAAUUUCCAGGUUUAUCUUAUUUUGCAAUUUUUAUGUUUCAACAAAUGCUGACCAUUUAUAACACCCACUUUUUGAUUAUGUAAUGAAUGGUAAAAUUCAUAAAUUUAAUAAUUUAAUAAUUUGCCUUAUUUUGGUUAAUAAAUUCUGUCAAAAGUUGGGGGAUAGAAAUAGGCUUGUUUUCCCUGUAGUAUUUUUUAAACUUUUCAGAUGAGCUGGGAAACACCUUAACACGUUGGAGUUGGAGUUGUGUUGAUUACAGUGCCAUCUCUAAAGCCUUAUACUCAUGUCUUAAGUAUUAUUGAUUGUUCUGUGAAUUGCUAGUUUUAUAUUUGACAUUGUAGUUAUGCACCAUGCAUUUUAGCUUUGCUGAAAGAUAUUACUAGGUAUAUUCUUAUUUCUGGUUGACUAUUGAAUUUACAGCUUCUCAAUUUCAUUCCUUGUCAUUAUAAUACAAAGGUAAUGUCCACAUAGGACUCUAAAAUUUUCACUUCACAAAUGCAAUAUAAUACAGAUUUACCAACAUUGUACAUAAUGGUGUCCAGACAUUUUUCUACCUGUUUACUGAGUUCACCAACCAUUUAGUAUGUGUUGAGAUUGGUGGAUUUUUCUCACUGUUUUUCUGAGGUGAAUGACUUGUUAGAAAGCCUCAGUAAGAAAUAUUAACUAAAAUCACAAAAAACAUAAAAUCCAAGAAGCCACCAGAAGAUGGAUGUUUAGUUUCUUUUUCAAUCUUUUAUUUCCUUUUCAUAUCACUUAUUCAUUUUAGUUUUAUGACUGCCAACUUGUUGUUAUAUUAAUUAU